CUCCGGUCUCUCUCGCCAUUCUCAAACCUCCCCCUCUGCAUCUCAUCUCUCUCCUUCUCUCUUCCUCUAUUUCUCUUUCUCUCAUUGUAUGCUUGCAUACUCUUCAACUCAGAUUAAUACCAAAAUACCUCUUUUCAUUUCCUGUUAGUCUUUGGUUAUUUGUUGUAUUUAGAUCCGCUGUUGGAACAAUGAGUUGUAGCGGUGGUGGCGAUGAUGAAACAGUAAAAUGAGAGAGGACUCGGAGGAGAGAAGGAGAAGAAAAAAAUGAAGAGAAAGUGUGAGAGAAUAACAGAGAUUAAAGAGAAAAGUGCCAUCGCUGCUUCUGGUUCAAGCAGAGGUCGAUGAUGAAAGGUACUGUAACAGGAGAGAGAAAUGGGGGAGAAUGGCCGGAGGGGUGCCGCUGGUUCACCACCGCCCUUCUGUUUUCGUUCGAAGAGUGGUCAUCGCCGUCCCGGUCAAAGAGAGAGUUAGAGAGGAGGGGAGUGGAGAGGCCACCCCUGGCUACACAUCCCGGUCAGCGUGGGAGCAAGAAGCCGCCAUCAACACUGAGCUCAGAGUGGACGGCUACCUCAGCCCAUUCCUAGUCACCGGAUAACAGGGGACAAAGAGGGAAGCCACGAUUGUCAGGCCAAGAUCUUUGGUUGAACCUCUCUUUAACGAUAGAAGAUCUUCCGUCUUCAGCAGAAACUGAUCCAUUAACCGAAGGGGUGCCGCUGGUUUGCCGCCCCUCUGUUUUCAUUCGAAGAGGGGUCAUCGCCGCUGCCGGAGCGAGAAGGGGGGUGUCGCUGGUUCGCCGCCCCUCUGUUUUCGUUCGAAGAGGGGUCAUCGCCGUUGCCGGAGCGAGAACGGGGGUGUCGGUGGUUCGCCGUUGUGUGCAGUUGCGUCUUCACUGUUUCGAAGAGGGGUGCCGCUGGUUCGCCGCCCCUCUGUUUUUAUUUGAAGAGGGGUCAUCGCCGCCGCCGGAGCGAGAAGGGGGUGCCGCUGGUUCGCUGCUGUGUGCAGCUGCAUCUUCACUCUUCACUGUUCGAAGAGGGGUGCUGCUGGUUCGCCGCCUCUUUAUCUCUUUCUUCCCUGUCUUUUUUCCCAUCCCUUCCCUCAUUUAUUUUUUGCAUUUUGGAUCAUUGUUCACCAUCAUCUUCAAACUCCCAAGCUCGAGCUAGACGUCACAGCGGCGACAAACCGUAGAUUCUCCAAUAGGCAGAAUCCGAUGUUAUGAAAGGGGUUUUUAGGUGAAAAAAUGAUUGGGAUAUAAGUGCUGAAAUCACCGAUUUCAGCUUUUGCUUUUUCUCUGUUUUAUUUUGAAAAUUUGAAAAAAAAUAAAGGGUAAAAUAGUAUUUUUUUGCCUUUCUGUUAACGGUCGUUAACGGUAAGGAACAGUAAAAUAGUGUUAAUCAAUUUUCAAAUAGUAAGGUUAGUCAAUUAGUUAAACGGGUAGUUUAAGAAAUUUACCCAAAAAAAACAAAAAGGUAAAUGGCAUAGUAACGAAGAAAACUGAUAACCAAGCAUACCACUCUCCUGCUGAGAAGGGACGAACGAUGGAUAUGGAAUUUGGGUUGCUGUGGCUCCAAAUCGAACACGAAGUGAGGCUUAUAAAACUUUACCCGCUAACCCGCCCAUCUAUGACUACCGUUCUUUCUCCUCUCUGAGCUUCAAUUACUUCGUCAAUGGAGCUCUACGGAGCUACUCUCUCUUGGACAAGCUCCAUAUCUCUGCCGAUUCACAUUGCACAACCUCCAUCUAUAUGGGGGAUUAAGAGAUUUAGGCUCUUUUGUCUCAACAACAUCAAGAAUGUCUCUGAUGAGACUCAGAAGGAUAAUCGGAUGGUUGUAUCAAUAACAGGAGCUACAGGUUUUAUAGGUAAAAGAUUGGUCCAAAGGCUGCAUGCAGAUAAUCACCGUAUUUGUGUUCUGACGCGGUCUAAGUCAAAAGCACAAUUAGUUUUUCCUGCCAAGGAAUUCCCGGGAAUUUUAAUUGCAGAGGAACCUGAGUGGAAAGAUUGCAUUCAAGGAUCAAAUGCUGUUGUGAAUUUGGCUGGAAUGCCCAUAAGUACAAGAUGGUCAUUUGAGAUCAAGCAAGAGAUCAAGGACAGCAGAAUAAGUGUCACCUCAAAGGUUGUAGAUAUAAUAAAUAACACCCAAGAUGAUGUUAGGCCUUCAGUUUUGGUCAGUGCAACAGCUGUUGGUUAUUAUGGCACUAGUGAAACCAAUGUAUUUGAUGAACAAAGUCCAUCAGGAAAUGAUUACUUGGCUGAGGUUUGUAGAGAAUGGGAAGCAAGGGCACUAAAAGUAAACAAGGAUGUAAGAUUGGCACUCAUUCGCAUAGGUGUUGUUCUUGGAAAAGAUGGUGGUGCAUUGGCCAAAAUGAUCCCUAUAUUCAUGAUGUUUGCUGGUGGACCCUUGGGAAGUGGAAAGCAAUGGUUUUCCUGGAUUCAUUUGGAUGACAUAGUGAAUUUAAUCUAUGAAGCUUUAUCAAACCCAUCUUAUAAAGGAGUCAUCAAUGGAACUUCUCCAAAUCCUGUUCGACUGGCAGAGUUGUGUGAACAAUUGGGAAAAAUCAUGGGUCGGCCAUCAUGGCUUCCUGUACCUGACUUUGCACUCAAGGCAGUCCUUGGUGAAGGUGCUACUGUGGUUCUGGAAGGUCAAAAGGUGCUUCCUGCAAGAGCUACUGAGUUGGGUUUCUCGUUUAAAUACCCUUUUGUGAAAGAUGCACUCAAGGCCAUUCUUUCCUCUUGAGAAUUCAAGUUGAAAUGUUAAUUUGUUAAUACAGCUAUUCUUUCAUUCAUUUAUCAGAAGGGUAACAUAAGAAGCAAAGAGUCACCUUCGUGUUAAGCUGUCAAAUUGAGAGACUCCAAGUUCCAAUCUUAGAAAGUUGACUUCCUUGGUCUAUACAUUUUGUAUUGACAAUGAAAACCUCCUUUUUAAGUGAAAAGGCUUCAUUUGUCGACUUCUGAACACCUCAUUAAAUUUUUAGACAGAUACCUCAUUAAUUA